AUGUCAAAUUAUCUUUUACACCCACCAGCAAAACGUACAUUUUUAGCUCCACAAAUAUCUCAGCCAUUGCAGUCAAUUGCAAUGCGACUAGAUCGAUGGUUGGACUACGAAAGUGGACAUGCAUGGUGUGAAAGUGCUUACAAAUAUCAAACUAUUUCAGUUGUUGCUGAAUUUGCCAACACUGUAACAAAUUUACCACUGAUAAUGUUACCACUUCUGAAUGUUCUUCUGAUAAAACCAUACAUCGAGACUGUUAACUGCAUUGUAAUUAUGCCCCAUAUUCUCUUAACUGUAAAUGGCAUUGCAUCUACUUAUUAUCAUGCUACUCUCAAUCUUUUUGGUCAGCUAAUUGAUGAAAUUAGUAUCUUAUGGUUGUUGAUGAUGUGUUUGGCUGCUUAUUUCCCAGUUUUCAGCUUCUACCCACAGCAAUAUCAUAAAUAUAUCGGUAGAGUGCGUUGUGCGAUAGCAAUAAUAACUAUGGUAGUUAGUACAUUUUGUUUCGUGAAACCAUCACUAAAUGCACUGGUAUUAAUGUUAUGGUCUAUACCAAGUAUCGCUAUCAUCCGCCACGAAGCUGCUAAUGCUGGUAUUCCUGAAAUCAUCAAUUCUCCAAGGAAAAUAUCAGUACUAUGGAUUGCAGCUUCCAUUUGUUGGGUAUCUGACCGAGUGUUUUGCGAUUUCUGGCUUUUUUUAGAAUCAAACUAUUUGAUAUGCUCAAACAACACUGCCGUAACUAUUUCAGGAACUCCAUACUUCCAUGCACUCUUUCAUUUGUUGAGCAGUUUGGCAGCUUAUAACGUUUUCAUCAUGUUUUCAUUGAUUGACAUCUGUAGGCGCAGUGACAAACACCGUUAUAGAUACCGCAUAAAAUAUUUUCCGGAAAAAGGACUUAUUAGGCUACCAUAUAUCGUCCUUAAUCUUGACUGCAAGUAUUUGUGA